AUUCGAUGUAGAUAAUUCUUUUCAACCAAUAGAAUAUUUUAAAAAAAGUGUUUUUGUAUAUUAUUAGAUUGAUAUAAUUAGGUUUAGAAUGCAAAAUUUUUAUGUUAAAUUAAACUGUUGGCGAUAGUGAUAAAAUAAUUAGGUUAAGUUUAUACUGUUAUGUCAUUGAGGUGCUUUAUUUUUAUAUAUAUAUUUGUUAUUUUAUGAUUUAUUAAAUAGAUCUAAUGAUUGAUAUACAAAUUAUUACGGAAAGAAUCUGUUGAAAAUUUUAUUUAUCCCAUAAACGAGAAAUAAGUGCAUUUAAAGUAUAAAUACGUUUGAACAAAAUGCGAUUGAUUAUUUUGGAUUCAGCUGAUAAAGUAAGCGAAUGGGCGGCAACGUAUGUAAUGAAAAGGAUAAAUGAUUUCGCCCCAUCUCCGGAUAAAUAUUUCGUUCUUGGAUUGCCAACGGGGGGCACUCCGUUAGGCAUGUAUAAAAAAUUGAUAGAAUUUCAUAGAGCUGGAAAGAUAUCUUUUAGGUACGUUAAGACUUUCAAUAUGGACGAAUAUGUAGAUCUACCUAAAGAUCAUCCUGAAAGCUACCACUAUUAUAUGUGGAACAAUUUUUUCAAACAUAUAGAUAUUAAUCCAAAAAAUGUUCAUAUAUUAGAUGGAAAUGCACCAAAUUUAUUCGCCGAAUGUUCGUAUUACGAACAAGAAAUAGUCGAAGCAGGAGGAGUUGAAUUAUUUAUCGGAGGUAUUGGACCAGAUGGACACAUAGCGUUCAACGAACCAGGCUCUUCAUUAGUUUCUAGAACCAGGGUAAAAACCUUAGCCAGAGAUACUUUAGUUGCAAACGCACGUUUCUUCGAUAACAAUGUAGAGAAAGUGCCCAAACAAGCACUUACUGUUGGCGUGGGAACAGUAAUGGAUGCUAGAGAGGUAAUGAUACUUAUUACUGGCACCCAAAAGGCUUUCGCUUUGUAUAAAGCCGUAGAAGAAGGCGUUAAUCACAUGUGGACGGUAUCGGCUUUCCAACAACAUCCUAAUACUUUAAUGAUAUGCGACGAGGAUGCCACUUUGGAAUUACGAGUAAAGACUGUUAAAUAUUUUAAAGCACUAAGUGACCAUCACACCAACCAAAUGUUGGCUUCUGAAACUGAACAAUUCCAGACAUACCAUUAAACUACAUACCGAAUGCUUUUAUUCACUAAAAUAUUCAGUUUAAUGUAUCAAGGUUACGGGUGGGUUAGAUAAGACAAUAAAUACAUAUAUUCAUAUAAAAACGUUGUUUAUUUAUUAUAAUUUAACAUUUACGUACCCCAAUCCUCCCUGCUACCCGCCAUAUUACCCCUUCUUAGCGGCGUUUUCCUCAAUAGUACUUUCUAUUUGCCCCUCGUAUUUUAAUUAAAUUUUAUUAUAUAUUUAUCCGUCGUGUCUUGAUGGGACAUUCUGUAUUGCGUUUCAUAUUAAAUAAAUAAAAAAAAACUCGAAUUUGAGGUGGUUCUAAAUCAAAUUAAACCCUUAUUUAAAAAUUUAUUCACUUAAUGUCUAUAAUAUUUAUUUAAAUAACACAAAAAUGUAAUUUAUUCAAUUAAUGAAACCAUUUACUAAUUUAAAUUAUACGGGGGCUUAACUAAUCGAUGAAAGACAUUUUAGUCACUGACUUUUUGAUGGGGU